GCAGUUCUCGUCUGCAGUUCAGACAAGACAAGUCAGAACAAAUACCCCUUAACUCCAAGGCGACACUACAAGAAAUCCCGAUUUGACGGUGCCAGUUUCAUGGCAAAUGAUCCGUAGACCUGACCCUAGCAGAGACGGAAAUACUGGACGUUCAUGCGGGAUUUGCUUCAGGCGUUUUUACAUCGCGAUGCACUUUGCGAAACUACGACCUGUCAAAUGAAGUAUCAGUUUUAGUACCGGUUCUGGGAAAAAGGACUUGCGCGAUUUCUUUUUUUUGUUCACCAUGAGCUCUGGAGAUAUCUUGUCAUCUGCCGCAGCCACUGGCAACAUUAUUCUGGUCGAACAAUUACUGAAAGACGGCAUCGAUCCCAAUGAUGUUAACGCCUUCAGUCGGACCCCUCUUCAGGUUAUGAUGAUGGGGAACCCGAUAGUGGCGGAGCUGCUGCUGUCCCACGGAGCGGACCCGAACGUCUCCGACUGCAGCACGUUCAGCACGCCGCUGCACGACGCGGCCAGGGAGGGCUUCCUGUGCACGGUCAAGGUGUUAGUCCAGUACAACGCCGACAGAAACGUGAAGGAUAACAACAGCCGGCUACCCAUUGAUCUUGCCAGGGAAAAUGGACACGGGGACGUCGUAGCGUUUCUAGAGCUGUAAAUGUCACGAUCACUUACAUUUAAUUUAUGAUUUAAGGUUUUAGAAAACAAAACUGCAAAGAAGCGUCGAAGUAUUGUUUUAUGUAUGAUUAUAAGAUUACAGUAUAUUUUAUACGCUAUGGUAUGGUUUUUUCUCUCUCGUUUAAAAAAAGAUCUAUGGACCUCCGCACAGUCCAGAGUUUUUAAAAUGUGUUCUAAUGUUUUCAAGGCAAUUUCUUACUCUAUACCAAGUGUAUGUUGGAUUGAUUUCUUGAAGUGCACGGAUUGUUCGAUUAUUUUAGCUACUGUACCUUGAAAGGCUUUAGAAUCCCUGUGAGCCCGCUACUCCAGUAAUGAAGAUAGUUAAGUUUGUAUUUUACAUAUAUUGCACUUUAAAAUAUUUAUAUAUUAAAUUAUGUUCCAAAUACAGUAGUUAUCAUUCAGAAGACGUGGAUAGUUUUCAAAGUAGGAACUAAAAAAUAGCGUUUCAAAGUUUGUUUUUAUGCGUUGAUAUGAAAUAUAUUGUAAACUGCUGGAGCCGACUUACACUGAUGGAAAAAAGAAAAAUGAAAUAGCAUUUAACAAAAUAAGCUUUGGCUUGCUCCAAGACGCAUUGUAAAACCAUUCGAUUGUUUUGUUUUAUAAAUAUUCAAAUUUGAAAUUGCAAGUUGUUUAGAAUUCACGUUUUGUGUGUGUGAAGAAAUUGUGCUGUGUAAAGUAAUAUAAAAACUGUCUGUGGUCAUUUUUAGAGGUUUCGGAAUACUAGGUGUUUCCGUUUUGUGCAAUUUCCAACAUAUUUCAACAAUGUAUAUUUAAUAUUUCAUCAUUAUUAAAUAAUUUGAUAUUUAUAUGAAAAUAAAAUAGUGAUAAGAAUCGA